AUGUCGACAACAAGGUUACCUUGCAUUCCGUCUAUCCGGAAGCAGCAGCUUCAUCUCGAAUUCGCGAGCUUGCGACAAGCCGCACCACCUGGAGUCUACGUGACCCUUGCGCCAGGUGACCCGACCCUGUGGAAUGGGGUGAUCUUUGUCCGCUCCGGUCCUUAUGCCUCUGCCAUCCUGCGCUUCCAAAUUCGCUUUCCAGACAUCUACCCCGAUCUCCCACCAUUGGUCACCUUUGGAACCGAUGUAUUCCACCCAUUGAUUGUUCCGCUCACCACAUACACGUUCAGCACAAGCUCAGCAAGCGACGAUCCAGUCAGCGCAACAGACGAGGAGCGGCUGCCACCGGGCGGGUUCAGUCUGCGCCAUGGUUUCCCACAUUGGUUUGGCAGAGCGAAGCGGAGUGGUCUAGCGUCUGGCAAGUCAUCUCGAAAUGUGAGCGGAAAUACUGUUGGUACUGUCCCUGGUGCAAGAACCGCAUCGGGUAGAUCUCGGACGGAAAGCGAUGUAGCUCCUGAUGGCUCGGCCACUGCCCCAAGCCAAGAUGAGCAGGCUCUAGCGGGCGAUGAGAAACCUCGGGUCUCUCAAGUCCCUUCGGCCGCGCAGUUUGCAGAGGCAAGAACCGUUGUGCCUGUCGCGGAGUUGCUGGAGUACAUUCGCUCGACAUUUGAUGAUGAAGAAGUUCUGGAUUCUUUGCCAGUAGAGGCCGCAGGAAAUCCCGGCGCAUGGCAUGCGUGGAGAGCACAUCGUCAGGGGGCGCUUGGCCCAAGCGAUUUGAAACGAGGAAGUCCGCAGGCACGGCUUCCUGGGGAUUGGCAUUGGGAUGGAAUUUGGGCUCGGCGAGUUCGGGAUGAGAUUGAAGCAAGUCAUUCGGAUCCAAUGCUGUUUGGAAGCGCUGCCCGCGGCGGUGGUGACGAAAUGAUUCGGUUUUCGCGGCUGGACAACGCAACCAUGGCCUCGGUGAAGGAGACGAUGCUGACAGUGGCCAACGUGCAUAAAGAGUGA